AUGAAAACUGGUAUACGAGCCAAUUUGUUUGGACCAGUAGUCCAACGAUAUCAAAGAAUAAAAUGUCCUAAGAGUCUAAAAGUACAGCAAACGAUGAAUAUUGAUGAAUGUGAUGAAUAUCAACGUGUGAAGUUUCUUUUUUCUCGGUUCACACUGCUC